AAGAGAAAGAGUGUGAGAGAGAGGGAGAGAGAGUGUGUGUGUGAGAGAGAGAGAGAGAGAGAGAGAGAGACCACCAGCACUCCUUCCCCUCCUCUCGUCUCCCCACAUCUGUGAAUUCAAGACCUGUCCCUCACUCCAUCCCUGGACCUUGGUCAGCGGGUCCCGUCCCAUCUUCUCCUCCUUCUCCCCAACUCAGGAGGUGUUGGAGACCCCGGCCAGCUGGACAGGAGGACUGGUCAACACCCCGUCCGAAGGUCAAGAAAGAGCCGGCACAGCAAGAUCCCGCAGGUGCUCCCCGAAGAGUUGGAUCGCCAACGUUGAGACUGCUCCUCGUUCUGUCUCCCGAAUUAGCCGUUGGUGGAGAGGAUUCUCAACGCUGCAAGGACCCCCCCCCCUCCCCUAGCCCUCGAAACAUUGUGAGCUGGGAUUCAAACCCAGACCCCCUCCCACCCUCCCCUCCCCCCAGCCGGACGAUGGGGAGCAGGUGGUGAGCGAGGCGGGGAGGGCGAUGACGGCGGUCUACGCGCUGGGCGCGGCCGUGGUGAGCCAGAGCUACGCCGGCUGGGGCCGCAACCCGGGCGGCGAGGACGGAGGAGGAGCAGGAGGAGGGCGGCCGCAGGAGGAGGCGGAGGCAGCAGAGGGAGGGGAGGAGGAGGGGGCCAGGAGGCAGGGGGAGGGGGGAGUGGUGGGAGGGCAGCGGCGGAGGCUCACCCCGCUGGAGAGACUCACCCACCAGCUGUCGCAUGAUGAGCCCACCGUGAGGGAGGUGACGCUGGGCAAGAGGAUCGGCUUCUACCGGCUGAGGGGGCAGAUCGGAGCCGGAAACUUCUCGCAGGUCAAGCUGGCCGUUCACUCGCUGACCAGAGAGAAAGUGGCCAUCAAGAUCCUGGACAAGACCAAGCUGGACCAGAAGACGCAGCGCCUGCUGUCGCGGGAGAUAGCCAGCAUGGAGCGACUGCACCACCCCAACAUCAUCAGGCUGUACGAGGUGAUCGAGACGCUGUCCCGGCUGCACCUGGUGAUGGAGUAUGCGGGUGGGGGAGAGCUCUUCACCAGGAUCAGUGCCGAGGGCAGGCUGCAGGAGGAUGAGGCCAAGGACAUCUUCGCCCAGAUAGUGUCUGCCGUCAAACACAUGCAUGAGAAGGGCACGGUGCACCGAGACCUGAAGGCGGAGAACAUCUUCAUAGCGCUGGGGGGCCGGGUGAAGGUGGGCGACUUUGGCUUCAGCACGGUGUGCGGGCGCAACCAGACACUCAGCACUUUCUGCGGCUCUCCCCCGUACGCGGCGCCGGAGCUGUUCCGGGACGAGAGCUACGCCGGGGCGGCGGUGGACAUCUGGGCGCUGGGAGUGCUGCUGUACUUCAUGGUGGCUGGGAGCAUGCCGUUCCGGGCGGAGACUGUGGCCAAGCUGAAGCGCAGCAUCCUGGAGGGAGUGUACCCGGAGCCGCCCCACCUGUCGGCACCCUGCGGCCGCCUCAUCCGCUCCCUGCUGCGGGCAGCGGCCAGCGAGCGCUGCAGCCUCCAGCAGCUGGUCCACAGCGAGUGGAUGCGGGGAGCCCACUGCUGCCGCCCCCUCGACCCCUUCCCCCUGGAUCCGGGGCACCUGGCCGGGGGCUGCCAGGGGCUGAGGAGGGAGCAGGAGGAGACCAGGGGGGCGCUGACCGGGCUGGGGGUGACCGAGGCACACAUGCUGGAGAGUCUGGGCAAGGGGCCGCGCAGCCCCGUCACUGGCCUCUACCGCAUCGUGUUGCACCGGGCUCAGAGGAGGCAGUGCCCCGACCUGCUCCCUCUCCCCGCCCGACCCUCCCUUCAGCGCCGCGACUCCACCAAGAUCAGGGCCCGGCUCCGAGGGCAGGCCAGCCACACCUCCAAGCUCUGCUCCAUCUUGUAGGCCCUUCGGCCCGACCUGUCCAUGCUGGCCAACAAGGCCCAACCAGACUAGAGUUAUAGAGAGUCAUAGGACAUGGAAACAGGCCCUUCGGCCCAACCUGCCAAUGCUGACCAACAUGCCCCAACCAGAGUUAUGGAGAGUCAUGCACCAUGUAAACAGGCCCUUUGGCCCAACCUGUCAAUGCCGACCAACAUGCCCCAACCAGACUAGAGUUAUGGACAGUCAUGCACCAUGUAAACAGGCCCUU